AUGGAGCUUAAGCUUAAAUGUGAUAAGAACAAUCGCAUAUGGAACGUUUUCCAGCGACUCGACAGAUUGAGAAGAGAUAAAGAUCGUUGUGAUGUUCUAUUCAAGGUUGGAUCUGAUGAAAUCCUGGCUCAUAAGAAUGUGUUGUCUGCGAACUCGGAUUAUUUUGAUAAGAUGUUUGCGCAUGACACGAAGGAAAAUCAAUCAGGAAUAUGUGAAAUGAAAGAAGUUGAUGCAUUUUGUGUUAAAAAAUGUGUUGACUACAUGUACAGCUGUGAAAUUGCGGCUCCAUUUGAAAAACUUGGUGAUUUAUUGCAUGUUGCCACAUUAUUGCAACUUGAUGAAGUUUGUAGCGGAAUCGUGGAACUUCUUGAAACAAAUCUGAGUCCAGAAUCAGUAUUUGAAACCAGAAAAGUUUCCAAAAUGUUCAGUCUGACAAAUCUUGAAGAAAUAUGCAACCAAUUCAUUUUGGAUAAAUUUGAAGAAAUCUCAAAGGUCGAUGAUUUUGGGUUGCUUGUUAAAAAGGAAUUUGUAAACAUGAUAAAAUCAGAAGAAUUAAAAGUUUCAGAGGAGAGAGGAUGUGAAGCUCAAUGCUGUAUUCAACUGGAUUAA